AUGAGCUCCAUGCGCGACGUCCUCGCGCCCAUCCCUCUGGCCCUCACGGUCAUUGCCUUUGUCGUCGGCUACCAGGCCCGCGGCGCGUUCAACCCCGUGGUCGUGAACGGUGCUCCCAACGGCACCCGCUCCUUCUCCUCGUCUUCCAAGGCCUCAAAAUCCAAGCGCAGGGGUCCCGUCUCGCCUCCUGGCACCGACUAUGAGUCGGACUCGAGCUCUGGUUCGGCUGCCGGCGGUACCGACGGCGAGUCGGACGCCGACGAUGAGGCCAAGGCCACCGCCGCCGACCUGUCGGCGCUCAAGCCCGGAAGCGACGAGAUCAAGCUUGUCUUGGUGGUCAACGACUCGCUCAAGAUGACAAAGGGCAAGAUCGGAGCGCAGUGCGGCCACGCUACGCUUGCGUGCUACGAGACACUGGCCAGGAGCAACCCCAGGCUCAUCUCGCGGUGGAAGAUGUACGGCCAGCCCAAGAUUGCCCUCCGCUGCGCCAGCACCGAGGAGAUGGAAGCGCUGGCUACUCAGGCCCGCUCGCUCAACCUCUGCGCGCGCACCAUCCAGGACGCCGGUAGGACACAGGUCGCCCCCGGAUCCAAGACUGUGCUCGGCGUGGGUCCCGGCCCCGCCCGUCUCAUCAACCAGGUCACUGGCAAGCUCAAGCUGCUCUAG